GAUUUCAUUUUGACCCUCUUUUGCCAUGUUUCGCUUUCACCUUCUAUUUCUGCUCCCUUUCAUGCCCACUUCCCCGUAGUUGAUGUUCUUACCCGCCAUCACGCAGAGCUCAGGAAAAACUGUCACAGCGUAGCGAAGGCGCGUGGAGUAGACAAAGAUGGACGAUUAUACGAGAGAAAUGAUGGACUUGAAGACUCUCGUCACUCGGACUCUCGAGAAGAAGGGUGUCCUCGCCAAGAUCCGUGCUGAACUUAGAGCCAGUGUAUUCGAGGCAAUUGAAGAAGAGGAUCGUGUUAUUGACAAAGAUGAAGGCUUGCCACCUGCAUUACUUGGUAGUUGCAAUGAUCGAGCAAAGCAGCUUCACGCUUCACCUUCAGGGGGUCUGCUUACUGCUCUAAUUUGUGAAUAUUUGGAUUGGGCUCAGCUAAACCACACUCUAAAAGUUUAUCUCCCGGAGUGCAAUAUGCAAAAAGAUUCUUGGAAAGCUGAGUUGAAGGAAUUUAGUAUUAAAAACGGAUAUGAUCUUAACAGAAAUGGAGAUAGUGGACCGUUGCUCUUGGAUGUUCUUGAGGGAUUCUUGAAGUUUGAGAAUUUAUCUCAAACACGGGGUCCUGGAAGGAGAAUAACCACAUCAGAAUCUGAUUCAAUGUCCAGUCACGAGUCUCGAAACAGUAGGAGACCUUCUUCAUCUGUUGUUGGGGGAUUACCUCCGAUAGGAAGGUCUGGUGCUGGUUCUCAGGCAUCUGAUAGUAGGAGGGUAGGAUCUUCAUUGUCUGGUUAUCGAAAAGAUGAACACAGUUGGCGAUACGAUGGGAAUGACCUUCCCGAGGAUGUUAUGAGAACCUCAGCCGCAUUGGAAAACCUGCAACUGGAUCGAAAAGCUAGAAAUCUAACCUCGUCUUGGCGACAUGGGGGAGACGGUAUCGGUUAGGAUGAUAGCAGAGGUGAACAUAUGUAACAUCGAAAUCGUUGUAGUGUAUUUCUUAACCUGUCCACAUUAAUCCAUGGUAGUGUUGACGUUGAAGAUUAUGUACUUUGCUUUUGUUUGAGCAUUUGUUUCUCUUCUCAAUUCUUCUUUCAAACUCUCAAGCCCUGCUGUAGUUUUCGAUGUAUUCGAGUGAUAUGAGAAUGAAAAAAGAGGCAUUCGAUCUUUGCGAGAUCA